AUGGGGUACACCCGUUGGAGUAAAAAAUCUACGUGCAAUUCUUCCAAUUCCAAGAGAAGUACAUCCAACAAUAAUGCCCUUCGGUCGCAAGUCCCCGCUGGAGGCCCUGGCCAUGCCGGGGCCAUCAUCGCGUACAAGUACAGCCAGUACCGGCAACGGCGCCGGGAAGCGGCCAACCGUCGGGUCACGGAACGUGAACUGACAGCGUUGCACAACAAAAUUGAAAAAUUGCUCAGCAAACUCGAGGAGAGCGAACUGGAAGCUCCCACGUCGCAGGAGGAUGAGUGCGUCAUCUGCAUCAACGCCCGGGCCACAAUGCAGACUUCACCCUGCGGCCACAGGGUCGUUUGUCGGCGCUGCUUUGUCAAGACGAUCCAGAGUGCGGUCGCGCAACGCCUACUGCCCCUGCGAUGCGUCAUCUGCCGGGCACGAAUCAACCGUCUUACCUCGGGAUCCACCACGUGGAGGUUACAGGGAUCCGCCAGCAGUUACUCCAUGGGCAGCAAAAGCUGGAGCGUGCCCGGUUCGGCCAGUUCGUACAGCGUGGACGCGGCCGCCGUCCGGGUCACCCAGUCCGCCAGUCUGUACUCGAUGAGUUCCGGCUCGUCGUGCAUUUCCGGCAUUUCGAGCGCGUCCGGGACGUCGGGCAUGUCUUCCUCGUCGUCGAACAGUGGCAUCGGUGGCACUGACUGCAGUGUCGCAUCGACGUCGUCGGCGUCUUCGUCAACGCUUCAUCAUCACCACCAUCAUCACCACGCUGGCGGAAGUGGAGCUGGCCACAAGCACAGCAAUGGUACCUGUUCCAGCGGGUGUCUGGGGGCGAUUCCGCGAAACCCGGCCUACCAGCAUCACCACAAGAAAGGACAAUACUACGCUAAGAAUCGCAUUCCGGAGAUGCCAAAUCGUUUACCGCCAAUUAUCGAAUUUAAAAGUCCAACUCGACAUAGGACGCCUUCCCCUGCCAACCCUGGAGCCCGGUUCAAAUACUACACCCAACCCGGCAAACCUGCCGGCAGCAAGAACGCCAAGGAAGAAGUGGUCGAGUCGAUACCUCUGCUGAGCAUUGAAAAAAGCAGUAGUGCCAAACCGGGCCCGUCGAAGCUGGGCCUCAACGGUAAGAUCGCUCCGGCGGCCUGCAAGUCUCCGAUCAACAAAACCAACAUGGCCACCGGCAAACCAGUCACGACCUCACUCAUCACCGCAGUUGGGACUCCGCCUAAGGCACGUGUCCUCUCGGCUGGCUCUUCCGCCGUUGCUUCCACUUCCGGUGGUGCCGGCCUCUCCAAGAGUAAGAGUAGUUUUAGCGACAGCAAAGGCAAUAAUCACAUCAGCAACAAUAACGUCAAACAGGACGAAAAAUACGACAAUAAGAAGAACGAGACGAUCGAGCGGAAGAAGAAGGAGGAAAAGCACAAAAUCAAGGCGGAAAAGGACGCCAGGAAGGAGGAAAAACGCAUCGCCAAGGAGGAGGAAAAGCUCGCCAAGAUGCUCGCCAAGGAGGAGAAGAAACGCGUCAAGCAGGAAGCCAAGGAAUCGCUGCUGGCCAACGAGGGUGGCAGCCGGAAAUAGGACCUUCCCCGAUGGAGGCACUUUCUGGCGCGAACGUAGACACUGGCGACUCCAUCGUAGAAAUUACCACAACUCCAUUGAAUACGCCAGUGUGCAAAUAAUUAGAUAUGGUAAGGUUAAAUUAUGAGAAAACACAGCAAAAACAUUCUAAAGUUAAUUGAUAGAGUAGAAUGAACAAAUUACGAUUAGAAGAGCUUGUCAGUGUUAGUAAUUUGUGCAAAGUUCCUUUUCAAAAUUUAAAUAUUCAAACAAAUUACUAAUGCUGACGAUUGCUUUCAAAAUUAAACAAACACGUGGCAUUCUAAUUAAGAACAACAUAUCAAUCAUACCAGCUUCCUUUCGAAAACAAAAUGGUGAACUUCCACUGCAAGUGGUUCCAAACUCAAAAUAUGUGUUUAUUUUGAAGUACUUCUUCACUAAACUACUAUUCGAUGUGGCCAAUUACACGGAACAAUACAAUUACGAUUUGGAAAAAAGUCAACUAAUAUUCCCCCCACAGAACUUCCACUCUGGUUUUUAGAUCGAUCUUAUUUUGUAGAGAUGUAUUUUUAAAUAAAAUUAAAUAAAAAAAAACUUAUUUUAACUUCCAAAUCAUGCGUACCGUUCAUCCCCCUUCCCACCUAGAUACGAGAAGAAGUUUCAAGUUAUGCUUUCUGUACAUAGAAAUGUCGACGAUUUCUCGCAAAUUCUUGAAAAGAAUUCUAAUCUUAAUCGAAACUGUUACAAAAUUGAGUUCGUCUAAAACCAAAACAAAAAGUGAUCACGUCAAAACGCACAUCAAUCACUUAUUCUAAACAUAGAGUUAAGGCAUUUGGGUGGUUUUUGAUUACUGUGUAAUACAAUUUUAGUUCAAUAAUUGUGUUAUAACAAUUCAUUCAUAGCCAAGAAUCCUAUGAUUUCACUCUCAUUUUUAAAACUAGCUUAAACCAAAUUAAUAAAAUCAAAGUGUAUAACUAUUGCUUCGAAAAUAUUUUUUUGUCUUUCGACAAAUGCUCGUUUGUUUUUCAAACUUUCGUUUUUAUUUUUUAU